ACCAUCUCAUAUCGUGCCAACACAGUAUUCUAGACGUACUGGAUAUACUAGAUCACGUGAGCCUUUUACUUCUGGAGAAUCUCAGUCUAUUCAAAAAGUGAAAGAGCUAUUCACUCUAUCUUAUGUCUUUGAUCCAGUACAGUACAGUAUUGAAUUUAGCAUUGAGAAUAUUGAAGCUAAAGCUCUGAAAUCGGAAGCCAACUGUUCAUCCACUUCUUCUUUCUUCUCUCCCGCACACUUAUCAUUCAAUGGACUUCCCGAUCGGCUUGGAUCCGUACACGGCCAGACAGCAUCUUCUCCACCAUACGUUUUCUCCUCUCAUUUCCAUCCAGCUGUCUCACAACGCAGAUGCCUUCUUCCAGAACAUACUCCACAACGAACACAUCCUGACGCUGCAGGUGUUCAAGCCCUACGGAAAUAACGCCAAGUACACCAUACCGAACCAGCUGUUCAAGAUUAUCAACAACCAGCUCAUCACGAAAAACUAUCCCAGCUUCCCCGUACGUUUUGAACCUCUGCUUCCUGAACUCUUGUCCGUUUUCAAUGCCAGCUCAACCAAUAGCACCAACACUUCGGCUGGCAUCACUUCCAUCAGCGAAUCAGGGCUUAAGCUGUCUCAAUUGAGCCAGUUGUUUAGCAUCAGUUCUCUCGAGUUGCUCUUAAAGCACAGCAGUAAAGACACAGCAGAAAAAGACUUGUACUUGCACUUUUUCAACAAGAUCAUCACUUCAAACCGUAUUGUUCCAUUUGAGACAUUCAAUCAUCCCAUUUCGCAGGUGUUUGUUGUAGAAUACGAACGCGACUCGUUGGAUUUGCUCCGUAGGCUAAUUGUAGACUUCCGCAACUUCAGCUUUCCCAAGUUCUUCCAGAUCGACGAUUUGCUCAUCCAUGUUUUUAUUAUCUACGACUCCAAUAAAGUCCCCAAUAACGAGGUCAUCUCAUUCCAGAACCAGAUCAAAUCAACGUUAAGUAUAAAUUCCACUGCAUUUCCUAUUGCAGAAACGAAGGAUACCCAGGAUAACUUCAUUAAGAUGUCCAUCAUAGAGAACUCGACGAUAGAAGAGGAUCUCCAGAGAAUAUCCCUUCAACAGUCAUCCACAACGACUCCCAACUAUAUCCAUAUUCCUAAAUCAGCGGAUGCCGUGAUUAGAACAAAGUUGUAUGAGUACAUCAAUAAAUAUCUCAUUCCACACAUGCAAUCCAAGAUCAGAUUUUGGGACGAUCAGAUGCUUCAACCCAAAAAGUCUAUUACAGGACGCUUCUUCUCAGCAUCGAGGAAGUUCUUCAACAACAAUAGCAGCGACUCAAAUCUAUCUAACGUCACUUCAUUAUCCUCGUCUUCAGGUUUGAACUCAGCUUCUUUCAAUUAUCAUGAGAAUUUCUACUACAAGUCUACUCCUGAGCAAACGAUUCGUAAACUUGCAGACUGGUCUCUCAUUCUCAAAGAUUUCAAGUACGCCUACUCCACCUAUGACUUGAUCAAGAAGGACUACACUAACGACAAGGCAUGGGUUUAUGUAGCCAGUACCCAGGAAAUGUGUAUAGUGUCUUUACUACUUGCACAGACACAACAGGUGAACUUGAAUCCGAUUCAGCCAGACAAGAACACCCUCAGAAAGAUCCGCCAUGACAUAAUAGAGCCUUAUAUCGAUAACUUGUCGUACACCUUCAAAUCUCGUUUGAACUUGAAGUCAUACAGUCUCAAGACAUUGACCAUAGUUGUAGAGUUGUUGCUUUGCAUGUGUUCCACCUUCAGCAUCUCCUGGUGGUGGAACGACUUGAUAGAGAAGUACCUAUUGAAACUUGUUAGUGAGUUUGACUCUCAUCUCAUAGCUAAUAAUCAGAGAUCACAGGUUAUUCGUGCCAUUCUCUACGAAAGACUUGGCUACAGUUUCGGAAAAUGCAACUUCUUGAGUGACGAAAACAGGCAUUUGUUGCAUUUUGAUGCGGCUAGUCAGUUUCAUAGCAAGCAGGAACUCAGUGAAGAAGAGGAACUUGGGGAAGAAGGUGAAAUCGGUUUCUAUAAGAAUCCGAAUAAGUUGCACGCCCCUCAGAACAAUGGCUUGGAUGGACUCAUGAGAUACAGAAAGUCAUCGCUCUGGUAUUUGUUGUCGAUCAGGGAGUGGGUUCCGUUAAAGAACUACAGGCAAAUCGAAUAUUUGUUGAAUAAUAUCAAAUUGGUAUACAAUAUUGAAGACAUCAAGGAUGUCUGGCACGAUCGAGAGGAUAUUCUCUUGGGAGUAGUCAAAAGGAUCCUUGACAAACACGAACGCAACAUUGUAGCUUGAUAAGCUUUGAAAAGGAAGCUGCAUACCAUCUUCAUAAUGUUACAUUUGCAUCAUAGACAUAGAAAUAUAAGCAUAUUCUUAUUUUGAUUUGUUUGGUU